AAAAAAUAAACACAACAUUUGGAUAAUGCAGCCCCAACAAUCCGUAUUAAGACAACAAAAAAAAUACAAAAAAAAUACUUUACUAAUUCGGAGUUGCCAACUCCGAAAAUGGCAAGUUCUUUUUUGAGUUUAAUACUGACAACAUUAUUUCGGACCUGCCAACUCCGUUUUGCACUGUCUCAGAAAACCCCCCCAAAAAAUGCACUUUUUGGAAUGUAAGGUAGAAAAUCUGCUCUUUUCCGUCAAACACCCCCAAGUUCCGGUAUAAAAUCAAAAUCCGACCCCUGUAAGGACUCUAAUUCCUCUAAUCAAUCGAUCAAAUAAAUACCCUACUCACGAUACAAUUGGAAGGAUUUAUUCGACUCGAUUCCUCUAAACCAGAAUGAAUAUCUCUGCUUCUUCAUCUUCUUCGCAAUUGAAGAUAGCGGCGUCUACAUAUUCGUGACGGCGCAGCCGCAUUAGUUCGAAGUUAAUUCCAGAGAACGAGUGCUUCGCCGAAGGAAUAGGAGAGAAGAAACUAAAUUCGGAGGAGGAAGGAUGUGCGUGAUUCUCGAGCGAGGAGGAGACGGGAAACAGGCGGCUGAACCCGGCGGUGGAGUGCUUGCGCCGCCGCCUUCCAACUUGUCAGCGCUGAAUGAUCUCUCCAUCUACAGAUCCGGCCUCCCGCCGUCUCCGCCUAACUUCUCAGUGGUGGAAGAUCUCUGCAUAUACAGAUCCGGCCUCCCGCGGCCCUCCAAUUUCCCGUUUCUCCAAACCCUAAAUCUCCGCUCUAUCAUAUAUCUGUGUCCCGAGCCCUACCCUGAAGAGAACAGGGAGUUUCUCCGCCUCAACAAUGUAAAGCUUUUCCAAUUUGGAAUCGAAGGCACCAAGGACCCAUCUGGCAUAUCCAGGACCGCCAUAACUGAGGCUCUGAGAGUCCUGAUUGAUGUGAGAAACCAUCCGGUGCUGAUCCAUUGCAAGCGCGGGAAGCACCGGACAGGGUGUCUGGUGGGGUGCCUGAGGAAGUUGCAGAACUGGUGUUUGUCUUCUGUGUUGGAAGAGUACAAACAUUUUGCAGGCGCGAAGUGGAGGGAAUCUGACUUGAGGUUUAUUGAAGAAUAUGAUGCUCCUUCCAUCAGGCAUUCCCUUCAGAGCAUCAUCUACCGCUACACUGCCUCAACGAAGAGGCGCUUACUCUGCGGAGAAGAAGAGCGUGCUGACAAGCCUGCAAGGAUUGCUCGGGAUUAGAAAUUAUGGAAGUUCUUACCGAAUCACCUGUUCUGCUCUGUUUUUUUUGCAGUCACAAUCAUUCUGACUUUUUAUAGCCAAACCUUUGAAUUUUUAAAAUUUAGUGAGGUAGUCAUCAACUUUUGAUUUUAGGUAUUGAAUGGUCCAAUGAGCAACAUAAAUAGAGUUAGACUU